AUGGCCUCCUUUCUACGGAACGGCACAUGGGGUAUGACCCUGUCCUACAAGGCCAACGUGUCCUACUUCUACAAGCAGCCCAUGAAGGAUCAGGCCUUGGCCUUCCUCAAAGCACGUGCAGAUCCCAACAUGGCAGACAAGGACGGCACCACGAUCCUCCUCCACGUCACCGGCAAGACGGACGCCUCCUUCGUGCAGCAGCUCCUGGCGGCGCGCUGCGACCCCAAACGCCAUAACAAGGAGCUGGAUUGCCCUCUCUUCCGAGCCGCAGCCGUGCGUCACAUGGACGUCAUGAAGGUGCUCUUAGGCUGGGCUGCCUGGAACGACGCCCCCACCGCCGAGCGCGCUGCCUCGGGUGGCACCGCCGUGUCUGACGCAUCGCCCACGUCGCCGCGGAAGCGGCACGCGCUGAGCGAAGAGUUGGUGAAGCAAAUGCACGAGCUCACAGGGAUUCAAGUGAGGCAGUUGGUCCGAGACAAAGCGGACAUGAACUACAAGGCGCAGAAUGGCUGGACUCCUUUGACGCUGGCAGUCUUCCAUGGAAAGGUGGACUGUGUUGAGGGGCUCAUCAAGGUGCAGGAUGCCAUGACCGGAAACAAGCUGCAGCUCCAGGGGAAGAACGCCCGUGGCCGGGCACCCUUGCACCUCACCGCGCGCAAGGACCUGGCGCAGAUCGCACGGCUGUUGAUCACCAGCAACGCAGACCCGGAUGUGAAGGAUGCUGAUGGGUGGACUCCAUUGCACCAUGCCUGCUUCAACGGCAACUCCUCUGUGGUCAGAGAACUCUUGCAGGGUGGAGCGAACCUUUAUAUCCAAGGCGUGGGCGGCUUCACGGCCUUCUUGGUCACCAAGCUGCCGCAGCGCGCCUGCGACCUGAGCGACUCCGUGGUGGAUCUCAUCAAGCCCGGCGAGGGCGUGGACUUCCAGAAACGCCUGGUGCCCAUCUUCAAGGCCGAGGACAUGACGGUGUUGCAGAAAAUCGAGGCCUUGAUGGAUCUGCCAGGAGUUGGUCAGACUCCGGAGCGCUUGCGGUUGCAUGAGCAGUUCUUCCAUCCCUUGCAGGGCCCCAACAAGGUGAAGUUGAAGCUGGUGUGGAGUCAGCUCAUUGUUCCUCUCAUCCCGCGCUUGCGUACUGGAGAGGUGGACAUUGAGCAAACACCCAGCCCACACCUCUCCGAUGAAGCCAAGGAAGCACACAAGUUCGAAGUGAAGCGCCGUCAGAGGUUGCAAGAUGACUUCUUCAAGCAGUGGCUCUUGGAUACCAGGGGGGCCUCGGCCCAACUACUACUGGAAGCAUGA